AUGGCCGCUACAUUAAAUAUCCCAGCUGUCCUAUUUCUCACUCCUGGUGCUGCAUCAAACAGUUAUCACUAUCAUCGUAGGAAUAAUAAUCCAAGUCUUGAUUACCCUUUUCGCGAAAUCUUUUUUCGUGAUUAUGAACAUAGGAAAAACAAGAAAAUAUUCGAUUCGCUUGAGAAUGAUGGCAUUGAUGAGAAAAAUGGUGUCACGAGAUGCUUUGAAAGAUCCCAUGACAUCGUCUUGAUCAAGACUUUUAAAGAGCUCGAAGGCAAAUAUAUCGAUUACCUCUCGAUUUUAUUCAAGAAAAAGUUUGUUCUAGUUGGCCCUCUCGUUCGAGAAAUUGAUCAAGAAGAUGGUGAGAAACAUUGUGAGAUCAUUGAAUGGCUCAAUGAGAAAGAAAAAUGUUCAACAAAUUUUGUUUUAUUUGGGUCUGAAUGUUUCUUGUCCAAUGAGGAAGUUGAAGAAUUGGCACUAGGACUAGAGCGUAGCAUGGUGAAUUUUAUAUGGGUAGUUAGAUUUCCAAUGGGAGAGAAAAAGAAUAUUUUAGAGGUUUUACCAAAAGGGUAUUUUGAGAGAGUUGAGAAUAGAGGGAUAGUAAUUGAAGGAUGGGCACCACAAGAAAGAAUUUUGGAGCAUUCGAGUAUCGGAGAAUUUGUAAGUCAUUGUGGAUGGAGUUCAGUAAUGGAAGGACUUAAUUAUAGUGUUCCAAUUAUAGCCAUGCCCAUGCAACAUGAUCAACCACUAAAUGCAAGGUUAUUGGUGAAUGAGGUUAGGGUAGGAAUGGAAAUUCAUAGAGAUGAGGAAGGAAAUCUUGGCAAAGAAGAGGUGGAUAGGAUUGUAAGAGAAGUGGUAUUUCAGAAAAGUGGAGAGAGAUUGAGGGAAAAAGCAAAGGAAUUUAGUGAGAUAAUGAGAGAAAAUGGAGAAUAUAACAUUGAUGAGGUGGUGGAAGAGUUGCAUAAGCUUUGCAAGAAAACGUUAAGGCAUAAUUACUACUUAGGAAAACUAUUUUAG